UGUGACGUGGCAUAAAAUAUAGUGGAUGGGACUCUUCUUCAACAACAACAGAUAAUCAGCCACCUAGGUAGUAUGCGAGCCAAUUUAACCUUAACAUUGGAGCGCUUUAGACGUUUUCGGUGUAUAUUAGUGACUGUGUUUUAAACACACGUUUGUCGUAUCUACUAGUUACCAAUUUCCCCCCUUCGUAUUUACGUUGUUAGUCAGCGAGCUGACUGGUUAAAUUAGCACUAGGCUAGUCGCUUAUGCUAACUAUCUAGCUAGCUUAAUAACAUCCAGGACCAUGAGCUCACUAAACAACUCCCCCCCUGCUAAAGAAGAGGUCUGCUGGACUGAGAAACAGGGUCUGUGGCUUAAUAUUGUCGUGAAAGAAGAGGAGGAAGAGGAAGAUGUCACAGUGAAAGGCGAUGAAGAAGCUAUCAGAGUGAACGCGGAUGAGGAAGACGAGGAUGAGACUGGAGAUCUGAUUAACACCACAGGUGAGAGACCAGACUCUCUCAACCGGAAGAGUCCUUCAGGGGAACCAAACCCAGAGACGACCAAACCAGCAAGACCACUCCACUGCUCCCAGUGUGGAAAGGGUUUUAGACACUCAGGGAACCUGAAAACGCAUGAGAUGACGCACACAGGAGAGAAGCCUUAUCACUGCUCCCAGUGUGGAAAGGGUUUUAGACUCUCAGGACAUCUAAAGGUGCAUGAAAGAACACACACUGGAGAGAAGCCAUAUCAAUGCUCCCAGUGUGGAAAGGGUUUUGGACACUCAGGGAAUCUAAAAGUGCAUGAAAGAACACACACUGGAGAGAAGCCAUAUCAAUGCUCCCAGUGUGGAAAGGGUUUUGGACACUCAAGGAAUCUAAAACUGCAUGAAAGAACACACACUGGAGAGAAGCCAUAUCAAUGCUCCCACUGUGGAAAUGAAUUUUCCUCACCAGGGGACCUGAAAUCACAUGAGAAAACACACUUAGUAGAGAGGCCUUUCCAAUGCUCCCAGUGUGGAAAGAGAUUUAUUCAGUUAUCGCAUCUGAAAGAUCAUGAAAGAAUACACCCAGGAGAACAACCAUUCCAAUGCUCCUUGUGUGGGAAACGUUUUACCCAUUCAUGGAACAUGAAAAUGCAUGAGAUGACACACACAGGAGGGAAGCCUUUCCACUGCUCCCAGUGUGGAAAAAGUUUUACCCAGUUAGGGACCUUGAAAACACAUGAGAUGACACACACAUAAGAGAAGGAGAGAAGCCUUUCCAAUGCUCCCAGUGUGGAAAGAGGUUUACCUGGUUAGGGAAUCAGAAAACGCAUGAGAGAACACACAAGGGAGAAGCCCUACCACUGUUCAGACUGUGGAAAGAGAUUUACCCAGCUAGGCUACCUGAAAUCACAUGAGCGGACACACACACAUGAGAUAAGCCUUUUUCCACUGCGGAAAAAGUUUAACCCAUUUAGGGAACUUGAAAACGCAUAAGAUGACACACACACACAGGAGAGAAGCCUUUCCACUGCUCCAAGUGUGGAAAGGAUUUUAGAAAUGUAGGGAACCUGAAAGUGCAUGAAAGAAGAUACACUGGAGAGAUGCCUAAGAGUUAGGGACACUGAAAAAGCAUGAGAGGACACACACACAGGAUAGAAGCCUUUCCAAUAAUCUCAUUGUUGGAAGAGAUUUUCCCGGUCAGAGGACCUGAAAUCACAUGAUGGAAUAGCGAGGCAGUGUUCUGACUUAUAUUUUUGACUAGGAAAUUGUGUUUUGGUUUAUGCCACAUAAAAUCAAUGUUCAUAAAAUCAAGCUUACUCAAUAACAGGCUUACCUUUUGUUUUCAAGACAUGAUCACAUCUGAAAUCUUUUUUUUUUAAAUGUGUAUUUUGAUUAUGAAUUUUGAUUAUUCAUAAUAUAGAUUUGAAUAUUGGUAUUUCAAAAUACAAGUUAUUAUAUAGAAUGUGGAUUUGUUGUUUCUAACCUUGAAACCUAUUGUAUUUGAUAUGAUUUGGAUAUUGCUAAAUGAAUUUGAUUGGAUACAUGAUUUGGAUAUUGCAAAAUGUAAAUUAUUAAAUUAGAUUAGGAUCAAAACUUGUGGAGGAACAAAAAUAGCAUAAAUAAGAAAGUAUACCAGUUUCAUUUGAGGACCAGGAUGUUGAGAGGUUUUUCUGGGGGGGACUUGAUGUUUGGGCCGGCGGCCGAGAGGUCGCUGGUUUGGGUACCUGAUUUGGCUGGGUGGGAGAUCGGUCUUUUGACCCUGGUUGCUCCUGUGGGUCGCUUUGGAUGGGAUUGGCUGCUAGAUGACUGAAUGGAAUGUAAAUGUUGAGCGGCUUCACUGCAGGUAGAUUGUAUGUUUUAAAAUUCAAUAAAAAUAAAUAAAAAUGACAAAAUUAGAUUAAUAGAAUGUGCAUUUCUUACAUUUCACAUUUUGCUGACGCUUUUAUCCAGAGCGACUUUACAGUUAGUGAGUGCAUACAUUUUCG